UAUGCAAAUAAAAUAAAGAAUAACAAACAAAGAACGGGCGGAUUCCUUUUGGGUCUCACACUUCCUUCCUUUCAUCUCACGCGCCUCUUUCAAAUACUCUAUACUACUACUUCUAUUCUCUCUCUUUCUCUCUCUCUCCCUCUAUCUCCGGCUCUCUCCAUCACUCCCCAAUGCUAAAAAUUUUGUAGUUGUUCUUGGAGGCUCAACAGAUUGCUGAGAUGGCAAAUAACCCCCAAUUUUCAGGUGUACAGCCUCAUCCGCCUCCUUUAGUUGGCUCGAUGGAUCCUCCUCGAAAUUUUCCUCCACCUAUGUCUGCUCAGUUCCGACCUGUUGUCCCAUCACAGCAGCCACAACAGUUUGUUCCAGUAGCUCCUCAACCGUUUCAACCUGUUGCCAGAGGAGUUACUGUGAUGAAUUCUGGGUUUUCUCCUCAAACUCAGCAACCCCAAUUUCCUCAAGUAAUGCAGCAGUUACCAGCAAGACCAGUCCAACCAGGCCAUAUUCCCCCUGCAGCACUGGGAAUUUCAUUGCCAACUGCUCAGCCACAUUGUCAUGUCAGUCCAGGGGCAUCACUGCCUCAACCUAAUAUUCAAACUCCAAAUAACUACGUGUCUGGGGGCCCAGCAUCACACCUCUCUUCGUCGUAUCCUUUUGCAUCAUCUUCUUAUGGUCAGGCUCCAGUGUCUCAUAAUGCAAUGGCUCAAUAUCAACCCAUGCCACAAUUGCAGGCACCGAGUGUUUCAGUUGGAGGCCAUGUGGGUAUCCAUGUGAGCCAGAGUUCUUCUUCUGUUAUACCUGUGCAGCAAAUUGUUGAACAGCCAUCUGUUUCCACAGCUACCGUACCAGCACCUAGCAUUCAGCCAAAGCCCACUGAGGAGGCUUCAACUGAUUGGAUAGAGCAUACUUCUGCUAAUGGAAGAAGAUAUUAUUACAAUAAGAAGACACGGCAAUCUAGUUGGGAAAAGCCGUUGGAAUUGAUGACACCAAUUGAGAGGGCAGAUGCAUCAACUAACUGGAAGGAAUUUAUGAGUCCCGAUGGAAGAAAGUAUUACCACAACAAGGUUACAAAUCAAUCAACAUGGUCAAUCCCUGAGGAGCUGAAGUUGGCUCGUGAACAAGUAGAGAUGGCAUCUGCCAAAGGAACUCAGUCGGAAGUUUCUUCUCAUAUUCCACCUCCUGCACCUCCUGCAGUUAAAGCAUCAUCGGGUGCUGAUACACCACCUACAAUAAUUCAAGGAGCUGCCUCAAGUCCAGUUCCUGUGGCACCAGUUCUUGCUACUAGUGAUGUAAAACCUGUGGUCGUUUCUGCAUCAGCUUUACCUGUUGGAGCUUCUUCGACAGUGACCAAUGUCGAUGUGGUUCGGACAGCUGCGGAUACCAUUACAUCAUCUGCUGCUAUUUCAGAAAGUCCUGAAGCUUCUAUCGCAGUGGUCAAUGCUGUUACAGCACCAAUGAAUAAUAUCAGCAAAGUUUCUUCUAUGGAUAUGCUUAGUACUGCUGAAGGAUUUUCAGCACAAAAUGCAGAUGAAACUGUAAAAGAUGUGGUAGUGAGUGAGAAAAUUAACAAUGCAUUGGAAGAGAAAGCAAUUGAUCAAGAUCCUUUGACUUAUGCCAGCAAGCAAGAGGCUAAAAAUGCAUUUAAAGUUCUAUUGGAGUGUGCAAAUGUUGGUUCUGACUGGUCAUGGGAUCAGGCCAUGAGAGUAAUAAUUAAUGACAAAAGAUAUGGUGCACUGAGAACACUUGGAGAGCGGAAACAAGCUUUUAAUGAGUUUUUGGGUCAAAAGAAAAAACAAGAGGCUGAGGAAAGGCGCAUUAAACAGAAAAAGGCUCGGGAAGAAUAUAAAACAAUGCUAGAAGAGUGCUCGGAGCUGACAUCAUCCACAAGAUGGAGCAAAGCAGUUGCUAUGUUUGAAGAUGAUGAACGGUAUAAAGCUGUUGAACGGGAGAAAGAUAGAAAAGAUAUUUUUGAGAAUUACAUCGAUGAACUCAGGCAAAAGGAACGAGUGAAGGCACAGGAGCAGCGCAAGCGGAAUAUAGUGGAGUACAGGCAAUUUUUGGAAUCUUGUGACUUCAUUAAGGCAAAUAGCCAGUGGCGUAAACUUCAGGACCGCUUGGAGACUGACGAAAGGUGCUCACGUCUUGAAAAAAUCGACCGCUUGGAAAUAUUUCAGGAAUAUUUAAGGGAUUUAGAGAAGGAAGAAGAGGAGCAGAGGAAGAUACAGAAGGAAGAACUGAGAAAGGCAGAGCGUAAAAAUCGUGAUGAGUUCCGCAAGUUGAUGGAAGGACAUGUUGCUGCAGGCACUCUUACUGCGAAAACUCACUGGCGUGAUUAUUGCAUGAUGGUUAAAGAAUCACCCCCCUUUAUGGCAGUUGCAUCCAACACCUCAGGUUCAACUCCAAAAGAUUUGUUUGAAGAUGUAGCCGAGGAGCUUCAGAAACAGUAUCAUGAUGAUAAAGCUCGAGUUAAGGAUGCAGUGAAGUUGAGAAAGAUUUCUUUGGCAUCAACUUGGACACUUGAAGACUUGAAGGUUGCCAUUGCAGAGGAUAUUAGCUCUCCACCUAUAUCAGAUGUUAAUUUGAAGCUAGUUUUUGAGGAGUUGCUUCAAAGGGUCAGGGAGAAGGAGGAGAAAGAAGCUAAGAAACGUAAACAUCUCGCCGAUGACUUUUAUGAUUUAUUACGUUCUAUAAAGGAAGAUGAAAAAAUUACUUCAUCUUCAACAUGGGAGGAUUGCAAAUAUCAUUUUGAAAGUAGUCAGGAGUUCAGUUCCAUUGGGGAUGAAGGCUUCUGCAAGGGGAUAUUUGAGGAAUACAUAACAGAGUUGAAAGAAGAGGCAAAAGAGAAGGAACGAAGACGAAAGGAAGACAAGGCAAAGAAGGAAAAGGAGAGAGAGGAUAGAGAGAGAAGGAAGGCAAAGCAUGGAAGGGAAAAAGAGAGAGGGCAUGAAAGAGAAAAAGAGGAACACUUGAGGGAGGGACCUUUGGAAGGAAAUGUUGAUAUGGCUGAAAUUCAUGAUGACAAUGAAAAUAAAAGAUCAGGAAAAGAUGAUGAUAAGAAACAUCGGAAGCGGCAUCAAAGUUCUGUGGAUAAUUUGAAUGAAAGUGAAAAAGAGCGGACUAAGAAUUCCCACAGGCAUGGUAGUGAUCGCAAAAAAUCGAAAAGGCAUGCAUCUACUCCUGAAUCAGAUAGUGAAAACAGGCAUAAAAGACAUAAGAGAGAACAUCGGAAUGGUUCACGUAGAAAUGUUGAUCACGAGGAGCUUGAAGAUGGGGAAUUUGGUGAGAGGGAAAGUCGGUAGUUAUAUUAUCCUACAAAUUUAUAGUUCCAUUCAGUUGUCAGCAUGUUUAAUGUACUUCAGCAACAGAAGGUAGCCUGUUUUUUUACCUAUCUACAUAUUUUGAUAGGGCAAUGUUGUAUCAGUAUCAUAAUUUAUUUUUGGUUUAUUGAUUACAAAAAGUUAACAGAUAGUGAUUUCUUUUAGUUUUUCAUAA